ACCCCCUGCCUCCCCGCCGCCGCUCCGUCUCGCUCACUCGCUCGCAGGCAGCGCUGGCAGGAUCAGGGCUGCGCGAGCGGGCGGCAGCAGCAUGCGUGCGGCGGCUGAGGCUGAGGGCGCGAGACCCACGUAGGGCGCCCGGCCGAGCCUCCCCGCCGCCUGCCUCCUGCCCCCCAGCCAGGACCGUCGCGGCUCCCUCCGGGGACGCUGGGCGCCGACAGCCGCAUGCAUGACACUCCGAAAAGGAGAGAAAAUGACCAUAAGUAUCCAGGAGCACAUGGCUAUUGACGUCUGCCCCGGCCCCAUCAAACCCAUCAAGCAGAUCUCCGACUACUUCCCCCGCUUCCCUCGCGGGCUCCCCGCCGCCGUGGGCCGCAGCGGGGCCCUGCGCCCGGCCGUCAGCCAGCCCUCCGUCAGCCCCGCCGAGGCGCCCCGCGAGGAGGACGAGGACGUGGACCAGCUUUUCGGGGCGUAUGGCACGACGCCCGCCCAGCAGCCGGCCAAGUGCCCCCCACCCGAGGAGGCGGUGGACCCCGAGGGCUACGAGUCCGACGACUGCACCGCGCUGGGGACGCUGGAUUUCAGCUUGCUCUACGACCAGGAGAACAACGCUCUGCACUGCACCAUCAACAAAGCCAAGCUGCCAAAACUUGACUACAGAAAGGGCCUGAAGCCGAUGGACCAUAACGGUUUGGCCGACCCCUACGUCAAAUUGCACUUGCUACCCGGAGCCAGCAAGGCGAAUAAACUACGAACCAAGACGCUGCGCAACACGCUGAACCCCACCUGGAACGAGACGCUCACCUACUACGGCAUCACCGACGAGGACAUGAUCCGCAAGACCCUGCGGAUCUCGGUGUGCGACGAGGACAAGUUCCGCCACAACGAGUUCAUCGGGGAGACGCGGAUCCCGCUGAAGAAACUGAAGCCCAACCAGACCAAAAACUUCAGCAUCUGCCUGGAGAAGCAGCUGCCGAUAGAUAAAACAGAGGACAAGUCGCUGGAGGAGCGUGGCCGGAUCCUCAUCUCCCUCAAGUACAGCUCGCAGAAGCAGGGCCUGCUGGUGGGCAUCAUCCGCUGCGCCCACCUGGCCGCCAUGGACGCCAACGGCUACUCCGACCCCUACGUCAAAACCUACUUGAAACCAGACGAGGACAAGAAGUCGAAGCAUAAGACGGCGGUGAAGAAGAAGACGCUGAACCCCGAAUUCAAUGAGGAGUUCUGCUAUGAGAUAAAGCACGGUGACCUGGCCAAAAAGACCUUGGAAGUCACCGUGUGGGACUACGACAUUGGGAAAUCAAAUGACUUCAUAGGUGGAGUCGUGCUGGGAAUUAAUGCCAAAGGCGAGAGGCUGAAGCACUGGUUCGACUGCCUGAAAAACAAGGACAAGAAAAUCGAGCGCUGGCACACGCUAACGAACGAGCUGCCAGGGGCCGUCCUCAGCGACUGAGCGCCCCGUGGACUGCUCGCCUCCAUGGCGUCGGGCGGAGGGGAGCAAGGCACUGCUGCGAAGGAGAGGGGACAUCCAGCACCGUGCCACGGGGACACGCUUCCCAGGGAGCAAGGCAGAGGCCCCUCGCUGUGCUCGACGGGUCCUGGCCCCUAAGGCUUUUCCAGAAUGCCUCUCAGCAACCUUACAUGCACACACACACACUCAUGAGCAUGCACAGACACAUGUGCACGCACACACACACACUCAACACACACCUGCAUGCACUACAGUUCUGACUCCUCUCCUAACUCGUCGCUGUACUGACUUACCUUCCUGCUGCCUUGCAAUUCAGUGGCAAAAAUGAAUGCAUCAGUCUUCGUUCGUGUAUCUAAUAUGAGCAAAAGGCGUCACUAAAACAUGGAACUAUUUUAUCCAGGCGAUUGUGCCAUAUUUCUGGUGGUUUGUCAGUCUCUGUAGUUUGGGCCUAAACAGUCUUUUAUGCAUUUAAAGCUCCUCCGUCGGAAUGAUUGUGUUCUCUGAUAACCUAGGAAGACUGUUUGCUUCUCUUCCAGAAAUGUGCUUGUCCUCUCCGAUCACCCGUACGAGUCAGCCGGCAGGCUGAGGGGCUGAGCACCUCUGCAGCCCCCCGUAAACCCCCAGGGGCAGCCCCAGCCCCAGCCACCUCCCCGGGAGCCAGCAUGGGGAGUGAAAGCAGGGAAUAAAACAACAACGCCAAGCAGGGCAGCCCCGGGCUGUGCCAGCUGCUCCUCUCCCCGUGCACCGCUUCCCGGGAGCUUCGGCCCUGCUGCUUUUCCAGGAUGCCCAGCUUUUAGGCUGGAUUUUCCUCACUUUCCCCUUCAUCUCCUUUCCCAAUGCAUGCCAUUGCAUGGGAGCCAGGCAGUUUCCACCGCAAGCUGUGCCUGUUCCCAGAUUCCUGCAUACAGCACAGGAAUACCAGGUCUGAGCUGUCCUCUGCAUCCCGCCCUGCCAGCUCUCGUGCAAAACACAACGAGGCACCGACGGGUGAAAACUUUCUGCAAAAUGCUGCACCUUGCCAGAAAUUUCUGAAGCCUUUAAACUGCGACUCCUUCGGAAGAGCUGCUGUUCCGUUUGGUCUCAAUCUCUUACCUACAGCUUCUGAGCCGUGUAUCCGUGUGUGCGUGUGCGCGUGGGUGUUGACGACUUUUGGAAAGCAAUCAGACCUCCGUUUACUUUUCCAAGUUCCGACAGUGUUACACCUUGUUUGAUAUGGGGGGCGGGGGGGGGAAUGUUCAUAGGGUCUUUUUUAAUAACUUAAUAUUUGUAAUGCGUUCUACAGAUAUGCAUGGAUUUUAUUUGAAUGCCAGCAGCGUGUCCACGAGGAUGCUCCGGGUGAUCUGCCGCUGCUCCAGCACCGCGAUGCCCGGGGGCUGAUUUCGGGGUGCUGAGCCCCUGGGGGCGCGGGAGCAUCUGCCUGCAAAGUUGUCAGCAGUAAGCGACGGGUUCAAGCGCAUCUCGCUGUGAAACUGGCUUAUGGCUGCGGGGGAGCAGGACGUGGGGGUUCAUCACUUUGCACCGAAGCCUUUUCUAAGCGGACUGUCCGUGCAUCCCAGCUGCAUGCAGAGCGGUGGUCGUCGCGCCAGCCUUGUGAAAUGUUUGAUACCGAUGUUUUGCUACAAUGUGAAGGCUGCAGAAAUUGUCCUUACCUGCAUCCUAAAGGAAUUUUGUAUUUCAGUAUUAUCUAUCUGUGUACUUUUGGUCAGAUUUGUUAAUAUUUAUAAUGAGAACCCAAAAUAAAAAGGGGA